CAAGGACAAAUGCAACCCUGUGGUCUGCCCCCACUCUUGUUCCAAGAACAGAAAUCUUUGUGAUUCUCAUUCCAUCCAGCACUCAUCAGGGUAAACAUUGAGGCAGAAUCACUUGACACCACAUAUGCGGUUAUUGAGGACUCCCUAAGGGAUGGGGAAAUUCUGUGGAAUCAUCACAUUCAGUUACCCAAGCAGGACCUACUGGAUCAUCCCAAGAGUUACUAUGAGACAGUUCUCCAUGGGAAUUCCUACAGAAGCUCAAUUCAUCAUAACCAGCCAGCCCAGGAUCUGGGAACUAGAGAGCUUCCUGCUCCGAGGAUUGAGGUCAGCCCUAAGAUUCUUCCAGAAUUUAGAAAAUCUCAGGUCUGGCAUCACCUGGCCCAAGGAAGCUGUUCAUCAUGGGAGAGAGAGGACAGCAGCGGCAGACAGAAUUUACCUGCAUCUUCUUGUCAUGGACCAGAGACAACUGAGCUUUCUUGUCAUGACCAACGCCAUCACCUUGCUGGAAUAUCAACAGUUGGAGGGAAUGGUUCUCCUUUUAAGCAAGCCCAGGCUAUUUUUCAGUUUCCCUUUUGAGGUGUCCAAGGACAAGUCAGACCAGGUUGCAAGAAAAAGAAUGCUGUUUCAGCUUGAGGAGAAAAACAGUUGGGCUUUCCCAGAACCUCCUCAGCUGCAAGAUGCUGGAGUACUCCUUUUGGCUAAAUCUGUGGAUCAACCACGAAGAGAAAUCCCAAGUGACCACCUACCUGAACCCAGCUCUCAAUCUAAGAAGCAAAGAAUAUUUCGAAAAUCUCUCUUUUCCAAGAUAUCAUGGAAACUCAGGCUCUGUAACCAGGAGCCCCUGAAGAAUAUGUUUUACCUUUUGGCAGAAAGGGCUCGGGAUUCCAACACCAAAAGACGUCACAUGGCAAUUAUAGGCUUAGGAAAUAUGGCUUAUGAAGCACCUGACAAGGUGAAAAAGUAUAAGAAGAUUUUGCUCGACUCACUGGUUCAUGGACUGUAUGACCCUGUGAGUUCUGAGAUCAUAUAUGAGAGUGUGAAGGCACUGAUUGUUAUCCUGGGCAAGAUCAAGGGGAAAGGUCUGGGCUCCUUCUUCAUAGAUAUCACUCUCCAGACCAGGACUUUAUUAGAUGAUGAAAAUGACAGCUUGAGAUAUUCAGCAUUUAUCUUGUUUGGGCAACUGGCUACCUUUGCUGGUUGGAAAUGGAAGAAAUUCUUCACCAGCCAGGUGAAAAGGACAAGGGACUCCCUCCUGGUCCACUUAAGGGAUGGAAACCCCCACGUUGCCACGGCCUGCAGAACAGCUUUUCAUGCCUGCUCUCUUCUGAGAUUGAAGAAGGAGCCCCUGGAUUAUAGCAUCCAAGCCCAAGAAGAGCAAAGGAACCCCAAACUCUCUCGGCAUCUGAGCUACUACCCUCCAGAGCUGCUCCAGUUCUUCUAUGCAAAUAAAAUCCUGUAAACACAGAGCAUCCCAGAGGAGGGCGCCUAAUGAUCAGAUAUCUUGGAUUCUCAGCAUUUUACUUAGCUGCAUGUAUACUCCAUGGACCACUACAUAUUGGGUGUGGGGAAAAAUGCUUGUUGUGAUAGCAAUUGGUAGUAACUAUUUCCAGGAAUCAUAGUCUGUAAGAACUGCAUAAUCAAAUCAAACUAGGGUACUCCCCCAAACUUUCAAAUAGAACUUUAGAAUGCUGGAGUCAAAAGAGACUAGAAAUUAUCUGGGGCUCAGUUGGUCCCCAGGCAUUUUUUAUUGCAAAUUUUAUUUCUAGGGUGGCACACAAGAAACAUUUAA